AUGAAGGCCGCUCAGGUGACCCAGGCGGUGGGGAGUUUGAAUGGCCAGUCGAUCCUGCUCAGUAGUAGGACGUUUGUGCAGAAUCUGCUCGCUACUUAUUAUACGACGGGUAUGAUAGAACCCGAUGAUUCGAACCUGAAACAGGCUGAAUUGUCGGUUGAAUCGACUGACGAUGUCAUUUCAGCCGCUUUGUUCGCAUUGAAUCUCAAUCAGGUGGUACUGAUUCCUAGUUUAGACGGUGUCAAUGAUACAGCUCCACCGGACGAGCUGCUGCCUGCGACAUUUAUGACUACUGAACAGCUUUCGAAUUAUACAAGCGUAUACGACAGUUAUGUUUUGGGCCCUGUGAAAGUGGGCAACCGGUUUUAUAUGUCGUUUACGCGACUCGUGGUUCAGAAUACGGCUGAUUUCACUUACAAAAAUAUAGGAGGUAACAGCUCGUCUGAUCGAGGCAAUAAUAUUGGCUAUAUCACAGUCGUGACAAGGGCAAAACCGAUAUUUAGCGUCAUUAAAGACCCUACUGGACUCGAGUCGACCGGUGAUAUGGCUCUUGUACAGCUUCAAAGAGGUAAUUUAGACGGCACGUUCAGUGCAAAUGGGUCGUAUAUUUUGGGGACUUAUGUCCUGCCAACCACUUUCCAGCAGACUUUGUAUAAUACUACGUUUGUGCUAGGGACGUAUAAAGAAAUCAAUCCCCUAGAAGGGUUUCCUGGAUCUUUUAUUAAUGAGGCUUCGGUUUAUAAUGGCAAGAAUUCCGGCGGUUAUGCGCCUGCGUCGGUUUUAAAUGCCCAAUGGACUGUGCUUAUUUAUCAGGAUCAUGAGGUUAUCUAUGGACCUCUUUACAGAUUACGCAAUAUGUUACUUAUUGCAGUGUUUUCCAUUGGCGUGGGCAUGUUUAUUGGAACAAUGUUCUUGUCAAGUUGGGCAGUGAAACCAAUAUUGAGGCUCCAAUCUGCUACUGAACAGUCGGCGAAUAAUUCAAGUAACUCGUCGUGGCCUGGUUCGGAUAAAGGCAAAAAGAAGUGGCUGAAAUGGCUGACUCCAUGGGUUUUCUUUAGAUCAUCGAAUCAUCGACAAGGUCCUAGAAGUCGACAGAUGCAGAGAGGACCUGCUGACCCUUUUCAUGAUUUCUACGGAAAUGAGAAACCCAACCAUACUGCUGCUGAUGGCCAUAGCCCAUUGACUAAUAGCGAUACUGUAGCAUGGUAUGUGCCGAUUCUAGAACGAGUUGGUUUACGACCCAGUGACAAUCGUCGAGGCAGCGGCAAUAGCAGUCUAGCCAAUAAUAUUGGCGAUAAUGAUAAUGCAUUAGAGAGAAGAAUGUCAGCGAGUUCGACAGGAUUUCGAAUUCCCGAAAAAGUCAGUACUCGACGACGAAUUAAAGACGAGCUGACAGACUUGACUGAAAAGUUCAACGAAAUGACCGACGAGCUUCGAAAGCAGUAUUCAAUUUUGGAAGAGCGUGUUAUUGAACGUACGAGGGAGAUUGAAAGUGCUCGAUUGAGUGCUGAAGCUGCAAAUGCAUCAAAGUCACUGUUCAUUGCUAACAUCACCCACGAGUUGCGAACUCCGCUCAAUGGUAUUCUAGGAAUGACUGCUGUGUCUAUGGAUGAAGAAGAUCCGAAAAAGAUUCAAGAAUCGCUUAAAAUCAUUUUCAAAUCUGGUGAACUGCUGCUUCACUUGUUGACUGAAUUACUUACUUUUUCAAAGAAUCAAGUAGGAAACGAGGAUUUAGAAGAGAAAGAGUUUAUGAUCCCCGAGGCGGUAACUCAAUUGAAUGCUAUUUUUGGAGAGCAAAGCAAGACAGCUCAAAUCGACUUGUCAAUUGUCUGUGUGACAGAGGGAUUGACAGAUUUGGUGUUCUAUGGUGAUAUCAACCGUAUCUUGCAAAUUGUCAUUAACCUCAUUUCCAACAGUCUUAAGUUCACUCCAAAAGGCGGACGGGUCGACGUGACGAUAUCGGGUAUUAUCAGUAAACAUGUUCGGGAAUCUGUCGCUGAAGAGUCUGGUAGAAGCACUAAAACGGGUGCCAGUUCACAUAAAUCGUCUAUUUCAUCGGCCUCUCCUCUAACUUCUCGAAGAAGGUCGUCUAAUGAAAGGACUCCCAAGAGAUACCCCAGCGAAGUCUUAUCGGAAAUUUCUGGUAAACAAGAAAACAGUACAUUCACAAAAGACACAUCAUCCAUUGAAACAGCAGCUACCAAGACUACUACUAGCAACGAGUUGGAAAUAGACGACCCGCAUUAUCGUCAGGAUAUAGAUGACGAGAUACACGACAAGGUGACAGCAUUACAACCACGAGAACAUCAAACAGAUGUUUCACAUUCUGGUCAUGAGGACCAUGAUAGCGAUAGUCCAGACGACGAGACAGCCACAGUUAUUUUCCAGGUCAGUGAUACUGGUCCUGGUAUUGCUCCACAUAUGCAGAAUCGCAUUUUCGAAGCAUUUGUACAGGGUGAGUUAGCAUUGUCACAGCGGACAGGAGGAGCUGGUCUAGGCUUGUCCAUCUGUCGACAACUAGCAACGUUAAUGGGAGGUACAGUAGAAUUAUCAUCCGAGCUUGGAAAGGGGUCAACAUUCACAUUCAAAGUUCCUCUUCAUGUUGUCAAAGACGGAUCCAAGUACGUGUUUGCAGAUUUAUCAACCGUUAAAGACUGGCCUGAAUACGAGGUUUAUAAUUUUGAUACCAUUGAACGACGGGCUGAAGAGGCUGUUGAAGAUGUCAAUUCCAGAAUGGUCAGAUGGUCGAUGUCGAAUCCUGUUCCAAGUACGGCUGGUACGGCAUCAUCUGCUAAUAACACUGGUGCGACUUAUACCGGAGAAACGGCCGGUACAUCAGCAACUACAGCAAAUUUAGUGUCCAACACGGCACCAUCACUAGCCUCAAGAGUCUCAUCCAACACAUCGAUCCUAUCGUCACACUUGACUCAUAAUGGCAAGUCGUUUGAGUCACACUCCGAGGCGGAGCAGCGGAAAUCCGAGGUACCUCGACGACCUCCAAUGGCUAGAAAUACGUCUCACCGCAGUCGCGAGGACGAAAAGAAGAUAUGCUUCCCAGUGUCGGUACUAGUUGCCGAAGAUAAUAAAGUUAACCAAGAGGUCAUGAUACGAAUGCUUAAACUUGAGGGGAUCGAGAACAUCACCAUUGCUAACGACGGCCUGGAAGCCAUUGCCAAGCUUAAUGCUGCACUUGCCGACUCUGGAAAGGGAUACGAUAUCAUUUUUAUGGAUGUCCAGAUGCCCAAUCUCGACGGAAUCGAGGCCACCAAGAACAUUCGAAACGACAUCCAUUUCAACGGACCCAUAGUGGCAGUGUCAGCAUUUGCCGACUCGUCUAACAUAGACGACUGUCUCAGUGCUGGAAUGAACCAUUUUCUUGCCAAACCGCUCCGCCGACCACAUUUGCAUCGACUGCUCCUCAGCGUCCUCAUCAAAGAAGGCCAGACCGAAGAUUGCACCGCCGCCACCAAAGAGGCUAGCUAA